AUGUGCGAUGGGUGGUAUAGGCAAAACGCAAUUGCCAAAACUUUUUAUGAAUUGCAGUCUUCUCAAGUUGAAAGUAUUAGCUUUCUUGAAAACGUUAAAGGCAAUGAUCUAAAGUCCCUUAAAGAACAGCUUCUUUCAGAUACUUUGAUGGGAGAAUGCAAAACUAACUGUGGAACUAUAAGAAAUAGAUUAUGUCGUAAAAAGGUUCCUAACGUUAUUGAUGAUGUAGAUCAUCUGGACCAGCGAGAAACUCUGGCUGAGGAACCCUAUUGGUUUGGUUCAAGGAGUAGAAUCAUCAUCACAACUAGGGAUAGACAUUUGCUAAUUGCUCAUGGAGUAAAAGAAAUAUACAAUAUGGAGCCAUUAGAUGAUGAUGAAGGUUUGCAACUCUUUACUUGGAAGGCUGGCUUCGAAAAGGUUCAUCUUCUUCCAGAUGAAUAUAAAAGGUUGUCUCAACGUGUGGUACAAUAUGCCAAUGGCCUUCCAUUAGCUCUUAAAGUGUUGGGUUCCUCUUUAUGUGGAAAAGAUGUAGAGGAAUGGAAUGAUAAGUUGGAAAGACUCAAAAAUAACCCCAACAAGGAGAUUAUGGGAGUACUUCAAAUAAGUUUUGAUGGACUGGAGGACAAAGACAAGAAUAUAUUCCUACUCAUUGUUUGCUUUUUCAAGGGAAAUGGUCACAAAGACUAUGUUACAAGUAUACUGAAGAAGUGCGAUUUCAAUCCAAUAAUAGGUAUAGGAAAUCUUAGUGAUAAAUCUCUCUUGAGCAUUAAACAUAAUGAAAUCUGGGUGCAUGAUUUAUUGCAAGAGAUGGGUUGGAAGAUUUUGGGGGAGAAAUCGCUUACAGUGGAUCUUGGAAGACAAAUUAAGUUGUGGAAUGCAAUAGAAGAAAUUGAAGCCAUUGUUUGCUUUGAUCUAUCUGAAAAAUGUCCAACAAAAGAGACAUUUUUGAAUUUUCUUGAUGUGCUCUCGCAGAUGAAGAAACUAAAACUGCUCAAAUUAGACAGCUAUAGUCCGUCUGGCUUGCCAAGUGUCUUGCCAAUUCUUCAAUAUCUUUCCAAUGAUUCAGAUAAUCCGUCUGGCUUGCUGAUUCUUCAAUAUCUUCCCAAUGAGUUACUCAUUCUUCAAUGGAUAUGGUGUCCCUUCCAUUAUUUUCCAUCAAGUUUCCAGCCGACUCAACUCGUUGAAGUUGACUUGUCCUAUAGUAGGAUCUGUCGACUUUGGGGUAAUGUCGAGUUACCCAAAUUGAGAUCUGUCCGACUAUUUCGCUGCACCAAGCUUACCAAGAUAUUCAACGACUUCAGACUGGUUUCUAAUCUAGAGGUGUUAGAUGUUGGUGAUUGUGUGAAGUUGUCAAAGAUCGACCCAUCCAUUAAAUUUCUUCGGAAGCUUACUCGAUUGGAUCUUUCUGGUUGCCGUAGUCUGGAUGAUUUGCCACCCAGCUUAAGUGGAAUUAAUCAGCAAUGCAGAGCACUUCAAGCAGAUGUGGACAUCACUAAAGUUGAAAUUCAUCAAAGAUUUGCUCUUACACCUGAAGCAUACAUCCAUUCCAGUUCUAACAUAGUUUUCAAGAUUUCCUCUUACACAUGA